AUGGGUUUGUGCUAAAGUGCCUAAAAAUGGUUGCAAGCUCAGGCAAAUCACUUCCGUUUCCCCAAAUGUUCGCUUCUAGCGCGAUUGCUGCGUGCACUGCCGAGGCGCUCACCCUGCCGUUGGACACAGCCAAGGUCAGGCUACAACUACAGUCUGGUAGCAACAAGUAUAAGGGGAUGCUUGGCACAGUCCUGACUAUCGCACGAGAGGAGGGUCCUGCAUCCCUCUGGAAAGGCCUGGAGCCGGGCUUGCAUCGCCAGUGUUUAUUUGGCGGCCUGCGCAUCGGCCUCUAUGAACCGGUUCGCAACUUGUACGUGGGCAAGGAUUUCAAGGGCGAUCCCCCACUGCACCUGAAGAUUGCGGCUGGCCUCACGACUGGGGCUCUUGGCAUUUCAGUCGCUAGCCCAACGGAUCUGGUCAAGGUGCGCAUGCAGGCGGAGGGCAAGCUUGCCGCGGGGACACCCAAGAAAUACCCCAGCGCCUUCGCUGCUUAUGGCAUUAUUGCCAGGGAGGAGGGCGUGCUAGGUUUAUGGAAGGGGCUUGGGCCGAACAUUGCACGUAAUGCCAUCAUCAACGCCGCUGAGCUGGCCAGCUACGAUCAGAUUAAGCAAACCCUUUUGGGCGCUGGGCUCAAGGACAACGUUGGGACGCACCUUUUGGCCGGUCUUGGAGCAGGCUUCUUCGCGGUGUGCAUUGGAUCGCCUGUGGACGUCGUGAAAUCAAGGAUUAUGGGCGAUAGCGCCGGUCGCUUUUCCGGCGUGCUGGACUGCUUUGUGAAGACGGCGCGCAACGAGGGCCUUCUGGCGUUCUACAAGGGCUUUGUUCCCAAUUUCGGUCGCCUGGGGUCCUGGAACGUGGCCAUGUUUCUGACGUUGGAGCAGGUGAAAAAGUUGUUCACGCCAAAGGACAACUGAACAGACGAUGCGUUAACGGACCCCUUGUACAUUGUGCUUUGAAACCAAGUAUCCAGCAUGGCUGGGGGCCUAUUCUUUACACCGAAAUAAAAGCUGGCCUUGGUAGUGAAGGCUGCCAGAGAAGUGAUACCCUCGUCCACCUGCUGCAGAUGUUCCAUUGCAUUUCAGCUCCGUUGGCAUUCUUGUGGGCCAGCAGGGUGCCAUGACGCAGCUGCCUGCGUCUAGCGGGAAGUACAGCGCUUCUGUCUUGUACCAUCACCGGCCCUUGGAUCCCAAUUUUGCGCACCAGGGAUGGGGCCGUGGGUGGAAAGGAGCCCAUUGAGAAGAAGUAUUUCGUUAGGUUGCGAUGCACCUGUGGUAUCAAGUUGUCGGCUGAAUGUGCAAGGCCGUGGCAAUGCAUUUGGGGAUGUCCAACGGUGGCGCUUGGGGGACAAGACCCUUUCUGUAUUGAGGGAUUGAGUAAUGUGUAGGUGUACAGAAGUGCAUGUCCGCGGUAGGAUGAAGCCAGUAAGUAACCUCUAAUGGAAUGGCAGAGGCCUGCAUCAGUCCAGCUUCUGAUCAAUCAGUAUUGGUUCUGCGUCUGUAGACACCUUCUGUUGUGAAACCAUGGUCCUGCGAA